AUCAUUUUGGAUGAAGAACCUUCGCAAUGCAGAGGAGGCCAUUCUGCUCAACCUGUCUGCACUGGCUAUUAUUGUGAACAUUAUUACAAAAAAUAGGAGUAGGAAUAGGCCAAUCAGCCCGUCUAAUCUAGUCUGUUAUUCGAUAGGGUCAUAGCUGUUUUGACAUUCCUAAUCUUCAUUUAGCUAGCUUUUCCCUAUCCCCAUGAUUCCUCUGAUCAAGACCUUCCUAUUGCAACCUUAAGUAUAAUCAAGUACUGUGCCCCUACAGUUUUCUGUGGCAAGGAAUUCCAAAGACAGUCAAUUGACUGAGAGAAUAAAUUCUUAAAUUGGCAUCCUGGUGGAAAUAAGGAACAGUAAGGAAAAUAGUCACCGUUGGCUCUGGAAGAGUUGCGUCACUGAAAGGCAAAGUAUUCAUGGAAUAUUAAAAUAUUAGUAAAGCAUUAAAGAAAUAAUGGAGGCAACUAUGAAAGGCACCACAAAUGUGUGUUAUUUUAAUCUGCAUAUUUACUGGACAAAUCAGAUGGGCAAGGAUAACUGGAAGUUAUCUGAAAUGGAGGCGGAGGAGGUGUUGGUGGACCAUGUUCAUGAAGUACCAAGUCACUACAAGGUGGUACUGGACAGACUCAAUGAACAGCGUCAGCAGGAACAAUUUACCGACAUCACUCUCAUUGUGGAUGGCCACCAUUUCAAGGCCCACAAAGCUGUCCUUGCUGCCUGUAGCCAGUUCUUCUGUCGAUUUUUCCAGGAUUUCAGGGAGGAGCCCUUGGUUGAGAUUGAAGGUGAGUUAUCAUAGCUACAACAACUUCUUCACAGAGAUCAGCUGACUUGGUCUUUCGUAUUAUCUCCUGCUUGGAUAUCCAUGAAUCCAACAGGGUCUACCAGUUCAAAG